AACAACAGAAAAACGCUUUUUUCUGUGCGAGCCACAGCCAAAGAAAAGGCAGGCAAACUCUCCUCACUCUCUCUCUCUCUCUCUCUCUCUCUCUCUCUGCCUUUCGCCGUUGGGUUUCCACAUCUUCUGCAACAACGAAGCUCUCUCUUCCAAAUCCAGGAAGAUAUUGGCAAUACAGAAUCAAAAUGUAUCGAUCCACAGCAAAUCGGCUUCUCCGGCUCUUUGGCGCACCCUUGGUUAGCAGUAGCAAUACCCAUAUGAUUCAAUUCCGUCCUCUUCAAUCGCUUGUUGGUCGUUCUCACUUUUCCACCACUGUGAGCUCUGAACCAUUUGUUGAAAAACCCCCUAGUUUUGCAAAUUCCACAUCAUCAACGGCCAAUGAAUUCCCUAAUGUUUCGAAUUCCACGUCAUCAACAGCUGGUCACACAAGGAAGUCGAGAGUAGAAUACCAAGAUGAGCAAGCUCGCGUGCUCCAGGCCUCGCUUCCCCAUGUGAUAAGAUUGGGAUGGAGCGAAGCCGCGAUGAUUGCUGGUGCAAGGGAUGUUGGUGUGUCUCCAUCUAUUGUUGGAUCAUUUCCAAGGAAAGAGGGCACUCUGGUGGAGUUUUUCAUGGAUGACUGUUUGCAGAUGCUUAUUGAUAGAAUCGAGUCCAGUACAGAUGAGCUGAAAAGUUUGAUACUCAGUGACCGUAUCGCCAAGCUUAUCCGUAUUCGCUUAGAAAUGCAGGCACCCUACAUAUCGAAAUGGCCUCAAGCUCUUAGCAUCCAGGCACAACCAGUGAAUGUUCCCACAAGUUUUAAGCAGAGGGCGAUGCUUGUGGAUGAGAUUUGGCAUGGUGCUGGUGAUGACACCGCUGAUUUUCAGUGGUAUGUGAAGCGGACUGUCCUUGGAGGAAUAUACUCCACAACUGAGAUUUACAUGCUUGCCGACAAUUCCCCAGAUUUUCGUGAUACAUGGGCAUUCUUGGAUAAUCUGGUGAAAGAUGCCUUUGACUUGAAGAAAACCAUUCAAGAGGCGACAUACUUGGCAGAAGCUGUCGGUGCUGGGAUGGGGACUUCUUUCCAAGGAUUUGUGAAGAGAGUCUUUCAGGGCUAAGAAAUUACGAAAGCGUUCUAUUGCAAGCAUCAGUCCUCCCUCUGGUCAGUAUACUUGGAUGAGAUGCUGUGUUACUACUUUAGUAGUUUUUGGGGUGGUUCAUAGUUUAAAUUACUGUAAAUGUUUUCUUUCUCGGCCGAAGCCUGAGUUACGUUGAGUAGUAGUAUAUUGAUAGAUCCAUUUGUUUGUCAACUGAAGUUCCAGUUACGCUCUCAAGCCUGCUGUGUUUGGAGGUUUUGCAGUGGUACCUUCUCCAGUAUGUUGAAUGUAUGUUGGACGAGUAAUAAAUUAAAUAUAGUCGAAUUAAAGGAAAAUGGAGGUCUAAUUGAAAGUUGUAUGAGGUUAUAUGAUGUAUAUAAAGAAAAUGCUUAAAUUUAAAGAUCUUUAACCAUUCAACCAUGGAUGCUUCGCUAAGUAUAAAUUCCGACCAAGGUGCUUCGCUAAAAGUGUCGGUCGCUUUCUUCCGAAGGCAAGUUGGUGUUCUUGGCUUUUUCAAGUGUGGAUUACAUCUCGUAACAACUCAAGUUCGGCAGGAGCACGCUCGAACUCCGGAUUGUUAUCACGACCACCGUGACCUUCGAGUAUCUCUGCCCGUUUAGUCUUAUCCCCAUUCGCAGAACCAUAACGGUUGUGAUCAAGACCGAGCGCGUUUAGUCUUUCCCAAAGACGUAGUUAGGUGACAUAGGUCCUAGAUUUACGGUUUGCACUCCACGUAGGUCUUGUAAUCUUUAGGGUAAACACAAUUACAUAGAGUAGUUUGUAGUCCUUCGCUGUAAGUUAGUUGGGAAUUACAACACCAUUUCCGCCUGCCUGAGCACCAAACUUGAAAAUUUCGUCAAACCUGUCACCAUACCGAUUUUUAUCCUUCAUACCCGACCGGUUAGACCGCUGAGACCCGAACCCACGGGCCCUACCCAAAUUCAAAUAGCACCAACUAGAUAGAUAAUAAACUGUAAAAAUGACACGUUACGGUAGGAAUUUUUUACACGCACAUUGCAACGAUAAGAAGAAAAAGGCCUCUCUCUCUCUCUCUCUCUCUCUCUCUCUCUCCAUUUCGUCGCUGGGUUACUUGUGUCUGCAACAAAGAAGCUGUCUUGGAGCUCGAGUUGUCUCAAGUCCCAUCUCAACUCAUCACUUAUAGUUCCAGCCAAGAACAGGCCGAACUUGGGCUUGCUCCAGGGGCUAACAGCAUAGCCACUCAUUCCAGAGAUCUCUCUGGAUCAAAUUUGAAAACCCUAGUGAAGAAAAGAAAAUGAAAAGAGAAAAAUGCCUUCAUUUUCAGUUUUCAGUUUAACCUGAAAAGGUUUUGAAACAUUUUACCGUAAACAAGGGGAAGGACCAAUCAGAGAUUGAGUUGGAGCUUAGACUGCUAGAAGCUCUUGAAUUUUAUCCCCUGACGAAAUUACAAGGCAUACAUCGUCACUUUGUCCUUUAUGGUUUAAUGGAUUUUCUGCAGAGAAGGUUCCUUUCCACCUCACAUUACUGCUCCCAGGUUUGACCGGUACUUCUCUUCGGAUGAGGUUCUUCAAUUGCUCGAUCGGUUCUACAACUUGGAAAUGCUGAAGCCAGACGAUGACGAGAUGGAAAUCCUGAAUCAUGAGGAAGAUUUUUGCUUGCCCCAAGUUUCUUUGUUAAGGAAGAACCAUAAGCAUUGAGCGGCUGUUUUUGUAUGCAGACAAUGUUUAAUUUGAACUGAUCAUAUGUUCAAUCUAUGUUUUUGGCCA